AUGUGUCCUUGUCUUCUCCUCUGUCUAUUAUUGUUUCUUUGUUCAUCUCUCCUCGCUGGCCUGGUUUUGUAUCCCUGUCCAAAAGGCUGCUGCUGUCCCCAUCUCGGUGACUUUGUCCUGUGUGAGUCUUUGGGUCUGCGCACUCUGCCUCGCUCCAUCCCACUAAGCACCUCCGUCCUGUCCGUGGCUCGGAAUCGUCUCUGCAACCUGGAUAAUGUGUUCCGGCCAUACUUAGGACUACAGGAGUUAAGCCUUGGACACAAUCAGCUGGAUCGUUUCCCUCGAGGGCUCCCUUCAAGUCUGGAGACCCUUCAGCUUCAAGAAAACCAGAUCACCUACAUCACCGCUGGAUCUUUGAGACACCUUGGGAACCUCACACGCCUGGACCUCGAUGAUAACCGGAUACGAGCCAUUCAGCCUGGGGCGCUACUGGGGCUGACCAGACUGAGGAUGCUGACUCUUAAGGGGAACAGAUUAUCUCGGCUUCCGGCAAACUUACCUUCUUCGCUAGCACACCUUGAUGUGUCUGCAAACUGUAUAUCUACAUUAGAUCUCUCGUCACUGGGUGCUUUGGUAAACCUCCAGGUGUUAAAGAUUAAUAGCAACUGUUUGCGUACCAUACCCGAGCAGGCUUUCGAUGGGCUGUCCCGACUUCGAACAGUGGAGCUGGCCAAUAACCUAUGGGUUUGUGAGUGUGACAUCAUGUACCUGUAUAGGUGGCUAUUAAUGGACAGGUUACGCACGGCAACGGAUCUAGUAUGUGCAGCUCCUUUGCACUUAGCACAGAAGCUGCUUUUAACUCUAUCGGUAAUAGCCAUCUGUCCAAAACUUUUUAAGCCUGUCGAGAGAAUGUCAACUUUAAAUUCAACCACAACAUCUGGGAAAGUGGUUGAGAGCCACAUAGAGCAGAAUACAAGUGCUUCUAUGUUGGUUAGAUCUGACAAUGCUUGCAACGCAAGUGCUUUUAGAUGCACAGCAUCUUUUAAGCGAACAGACAAUACAGUAUCACCCCCUGAGACUUGGUCGCAAUCCUUAUUGUUUAAUAGAAACCUAUCAAGGUCCUUCUCAGGGUCAGACCAGCCUACUUUAGAGAGACUGAGCUAUGAGGAUUGCCUCGCUCAAAAUGUCAUGUCUUUAAAUCCCCAACCCACUCAAGUACCCUACAGUCCAGCCACAGACAAGGAACCUGGCUGUCUGGAGAAUUCGACAGGUCAGCAUCCAGAAGCAUCAGCCACCUUGGUGUCGCCUGGAUCCCCGACCCCUACUAGAGGGAUCGGGCUGCAGCUCACCCCUCAAAAAGUACUGCAGACCAGUGACCCUGCGCUCAUUGCGGUUCUGGCUGUGCUUUGUGUGUUUACAGGACUAUUAAUGAUCACAGUGCUUUUGGUUCUGAAGAACAUUAUUCUUCGAAACAUAAGAGUAGCACCACUUCCACAUGUUCAAGGAGACAUGCAUUCAUAAUAUGUAUUGCUGAAUUUU